GCAAUACGUGGAUAUAAUACGCUUAAGAAAGUCAAGCUGCGUCCAAAAUGACAACUCUGGCUGGAGCUGUCCCAAGGAUGAUGCGACCAGCUCCUGGACAGAAUUAUCCUCGCAGUGGGUUCCCAUUAGAAGUGUCGACUCCGCUGGGCCAAGGCCGAGUCAAUCAGCUCGGGGGCGUUUUCAUCAACGGUAGGCCUUUGCCCAACCACAUCCGCCACAAGAUCGUGGAGAUGGCCCAUCACGGCAUCAGGCCUUGCGUCAUCUCUCGCCAGCUGCGAGUGUCGCAUGGUUGCGUCUCCAAGAUCCUCUGCAGGUACCAGGAGACCGGCUCCAUCCGGCCUGGGGCCAUCGGGGGCAGCAAACCCAAGCAGGUGACAACGCCGGACGUCGAGAAGAAAAUCGAGGAAUACAAGCGGGAGAACGCGGGCAUGUUCAGCUGGGAGAUCCGGGACAAGCUACUGAAGGACGGCGUGUGCGAUCGAAACACCGUGCCUUCAGUGAGCUCCAUCAGCCGCAUUUUGAGAAGCAAGUUUGGGAAAGGAGAAGAAGAAGAACCCGAGCUGGAGAGGAAGGAAGUGGAGGAGAGCGAGAAGAAGGCCAAGCACAGCAUCGACGGCAUCCUCAGCGAGAGAGCUUCAGCGCCUCAGUCAGAUGAUGGCUCAGACAUAGAUUCGGAACCAGAUUUGCCUUUAAAGCGAAAGCAACGCCGUAGUAGAACAACGUUCACGGCAGAACAACUAGAAGAGCUGGAGAGAGCGUUUGAGAGGACCCACUACCCAGACAUUUACACUCGGGAAGAACUUGCGCAGCGAGCUAAACUCACUGAAGCUCGUGUCCAGGUAUGGUUUAGUAACCGUCGAGCUAGAUGGAGGAAGCAAGCUGGGGCGAAUCAACUGAUGGCUUUCAACCACUUGAUCCCAGGUGGCUUUCCACCUACUGCCAUGCCAACUCUGCCAACAUACCAGCUGUCCGAAUCCUCCUACCAGCCCACCUCUAUUCCACAAGCUGUAUCCGAUCCAAGCAGUACAGUUCACAGACCUCAGCCUCUUCCACCAAGCACUGUACACCAAAGCAGCCUCCCUCCAAACCCUGAUAGCAGUUCGGCGUACUGCCUCCCAAGCACAAGGCAUGGCUUCUCCAGCUAUACAGACAGCUUUGUGCCUCCAUCCGGGCCUUCCAAUCCUAUGAACCCUGCCAUUGGCAAUGGCCUUUCACCUCAGGUAAUGGGCCUCUUGACUAACCAUGGUGGUGUACCUCACCAGCCCCAAACUGACUAUGCCUUGUCACCUUUAACUGGGGGCUUAGAACCAACCACUACAGUAUCAGCUAGCUGCAGUCAAAGGCUAGAUCAUAUGAAAAGUUUAGACAGCCUGCCUACAUCCCAGUCUUACUGUCCACCAACAUACAGCACCACUGGUUAUAGUAUGGACCCUGUCACAGGAUAUCAGUAUGGACAAUAUGGACAAAGUGCCUUUCAUUAUCUGAAGCCAGAUAUUGCAUAAUGAACUGUCCACUUCAAGCUAAAGCUAGUCUUGUUUCUGGUCUCACUCCAAUAUUUGGAAUGGAGCGAGCUUCUCACCAAAAUGAGGCCCAGAAUGGAGUGAUCACACUAGAGAUAACGGGACUGUUAUGUUCUUUUCUCCAAUCAAUGCUUUCAAUAAGACAUUUGGACAUGCUGGGCAAAGCAGCUCAGAGGACAAAGACCACGAGCAAUAACAUACAUAAAAUGCAGCACAGUUCAGCAUUGGUUUCCAUUAAAAAAUAAUGGCAGAGAGUUUGAAACUGCUGGCUGAAGUAAGCAUUCCAUUUUUUCAGGUCACUAAAGAAUCAUGGAUAAAUUUGGACACAGUGUUCUCAAAUAUGGCAGCUGAAUGCUGCAGGCUCCAGCUCCAAUGCCGACACUCAACUCUGCUCAGUUUGCAAAGCAUGGGCAGGAGAACAUUGUUUUACACACUGGAAACUGACCUCGAAAGGAAAUGUUAAGGUCUGUAGGAAGCUAGACUAGAUGUUUGAAGCCUUCCAGAAAUAAAUUAUGGGUUCUCUUCUUGUUCUUUGUAAUCAUAUUGUUGAUAAAUGUCACAGGCAAGGUUUUUCUCUUGCAUUACAGCGACUGAGAUAUUGUGUAACAUGAAGACAAGUUUUGCAAGGUUUUUGUGUGUGUGUGACGUUUUCCUAGUCCAUGUUACCUCCUCAAAGAAACAAGCAAAAAAUACAGAAUAACUUUGAUUUCCAUGACAGCUUAACAAUGUGCAAUAUGGCGUACCUCACCAAGCUUUGGUAACAUCCAAGGCAUUAUAUAUAGAAUCAAAAUUAUAUUUUUCCAGGUACUUUUAUUUUUACAGUACAUAAUUCACUAUAAGAUGCUGACAUGUCGCAGUCUCUUGUUAGAUGACAAAUCUCCAGUUGAUUAGUUCAACAGGUGUCCAUUUUGGAGAGAUAAAUACAUUUAAAAAUCAUUAUGUUUACAUUAUGUUUAGCAAAAUGCAGGGCAUAAAGCACUAUGUCCCUGUAGUUGUCAUAUAAUUUUAACUUAUGCAGUGGCAUCCAAUAUAGAAAAAAGUCCAAUGGAAACCAAGGUUUACAUACGUUUUGUGUUGUGACAUUUUCAAAUGUCAAUAAAUUUGUGUUUUGAAAUGCUAGGAGGUACAGGAAGAUGGCAGGCAGUGUUAUUUAUUUUUCUUUAUUCUUGGAACCAUGAGUGAGGUAGGGCACAAAUACAUUCCUUUUAGCAUUCAAGUCAAUGAAAGUAGUGUAUUAGUAAGAAUAGGUUAUAGUACAGAGAUUAGUUCACACAUUGGUCUUAAAGGGUAAUGGAACAAAAUACUAUCUUUGUGUUGCAGCCUCUACCAACAACACGUGUGUUGUAAAAAAAAGUCUCAUAUUAAAAAAGUGCAGUAAAUAUUUACUAUUUAUAAUGAAUAAACAGCUAUGAAAACUU